AUGGAUGGAGCCUCCAAGCAUCGAACCCCCUAUGGGCGACGUUCGGGACCGGCCGGAUCUCCGCUUAAACUACUCCCACGUGACAUCUGGGUGAGGAUUGCGACAAAGGUCGCAAAUAACUCUAUACAAGACCUUCUCAACUUGGAGUCGACUUGCAAGGUAUUUUUUGACGCCGGGCGGUUGGCCGUGGUAUACAAGCAUGCCAUGGUGUGGAACAUGCCGUGGGUUUCCUUUCUAAGGUACCCGGACCGGGCGGAGAGACAGUUUAUGGAUCGGUGCGUCGAUGCAGGAAAUCCUGAUGCAAUUCUCAGGGACGGAUUGCACGAGUAUUUCUUCAUGGCUAGACGUGACGCUAGAAUGGAUCUACUUACCAGUGCUGUAUCAUAG